AUGGGGGGCUCCAAUGGUGGCUUUAUAGGGAAGAAGGGCGUGGGAGGCACGAUAGAUGGAAGCCCUAGUGGUGCUAGCAGGGGCUUAGGUCCCGUAAAGGAAGGCGACACCCGUGUGGGCGAAGUGGGUGAGGUUCAAAAAUAUUUCGGUGAUUCGUUGGGCAACACCCCUCCUCUGUCAAGUCACGUGGGCAUUGAGGCUUGUGGCGACGCCAUUGAGUUGUCCCAGACACUAGGUGACGUCAAUGAGUCACUAGGCAGCACUAAUGCUUUGGGCGACAUGGGGAUCAAAAUGGGCGCUUGCGAGAAGAGGGGAGUGGCUAUGGCAAGAUCCAAGGUGGUCAUAAGCACUGAGGACGACGUCGGCGAGGGAGAUGGCGAUGCCCAUGGUGGGCAGCGAUCAACUGGCAACGCCAACGGUCCUUUGGGUGUGCUUGUUCUUCAAACGGAUACCCACUCUAACAAGGUCAUC